UGAGACGCUCGGACAUGAACCGCCACGAGCGGUCCUUGCAUCUGAAGACUACGUUCAAGUGCUUUGGAAAGUGCAACAGGCAGAAGUGGGGCUGUGGCCACCUCUAUUCCCGCAAGGACGGCUUGCGUAAGCACUGGAAGAGUGCCCAAGGGCAGGAGUGUUUGCGGGAGUUCAUGGUGCUCAACAACCUCACCGAGCACUACCAUGAGGUGAAGGACUUGGAGAAGAUUAUCGAGUUGACGCAUUUGUUCUAAAUCUCUCGGAGUGCGCAAAAAGUGAGCCAACGCACAAAGGCUGCGAAAGCCAGCUCCUAACUAAGAAAGUAAAUAACUAAGUAACUGAGAAAAUAAGCAUUGCGUGUCG